GCACCAAUGCAAUGCGGGCGUAUGACCUCUUUGGCGGAGCUCUAUGUGCCAGGCAUGCAUGGCGCAUGAUCGAAUCUGCUGCCUUGGAGCUUUGGGGUGUCCAACCAACUCUGGAGUUCACAUUCAAUGUGGAGAAGAAUUGGGCAUGCAUCAAGAUGGCCAAGGAUAAUUUUCCAGACUCCUGUAUCUUUCCAGAUAUUAUGGACUGCGUGGCCAACCCGCCAAAGAAGAAGAAUUGGAAUCCCAGUGACUUGAAGUUGGUCAAGGAAUGUCACUGUGUGCAACACCGCAGUGAGUGCUCCUUGAACCUGGGCGAGAACGACCUCGGGAUCAUUGGGGCACCCUGCAUUCUCUUCUCCAAGUACGGCCUCCGUGAGGGCUUCAAGACCAAGAACAUCAAGGUCAAACAGGCACAUGAUACUGCAAUGGCAUUCCAGCAGAAGACCCCAAUUUCCAUUCACGAGAAUGUCCCAGACUAUGAAGAGGCGUAUUUGAAGCAACAUCUCACGACCCAUGACGAGCAGAAAGUUCUGCUGUGCCCACGCCAGUUUGGGCACCCGAACCGAAGGCUUCGAGUUUGGCGCAUCCUGUACGACAAGGACUCGAGGAAGUGGGAUUGCCCUUAUACUUUGGGGGAACUUGCCAACCUCCUCUUGGCACCCCUGGAAUCCAAAUUGAACCUGGAUUUCAAUGCCUAUCUUUGUGCUUCACCUUCGGAGCUUCAAGAGCACAACAUCAAAGAGCAUGAACUUUCAGAGUCACAGAAGAAGCAUUUGCAGAUCUUCCGCAAGGUGCGUCCUGACAAGGCAAUCUAUGACUUGAGCGCGAACGCCCUCAAGAGAUGCCGCACAGAGACAGUGGACCAGUGCAUGCACCAGCCAUCCACCCGCUCUGUCCUCUGGGGUGCAGAGCCGGAAGAAGUUGACAAUGAAGUCAACAUCGGGCAGCCUUUGUCGGGGUCGAGCAGUGGUUCUGAAGGUGAAUAUCGUGGGUCAGCCAACACAGUUUUUUCCUUGGGUUGGAAUACUCUACUGGACUUGAAGAAGGCGAGCUUUUGGAAGGAAAGUGUGAACACUGUCAUCUCAGACAAGAAGAAACGCAAGUACAACAACACUGAACGCGCAGCAAUGGCUAGCUAUAGUCGGCAGAACUCUGCAGGGUAUUUUAAAGAGAAUGGUGUGGAUGUAGCACGACUUCAGAAACUCUUUGCAUUGCCAACCUGCCAAUGUGCCAAUGGGGAAUGCUUCAAGCAGUUCAAGAACUCAAAGGACCUGCCGGGCUUUCUGAAGACUUUCUGGGACAUGCAGAAAAGUGAUCAAGACUCCAUGGUUCAGCUUUGCUUAGCCACCACCAGUGAAUCUAGAGACAAAAAGUACACCCUUCUGGAGAAGCCUGUGGGCUUCAAGUGCCUUGCAGCGCUGCUGGGCGUCGGGACUGGUCGGCUACGGAAAGCAGCCACAAGCACCCCAGACCUGAGACGCGGAACUCGUCCCUACAUGAGCCGACCUGCCACAUGGAGUGUGGAUGGUUUUCUGCGUGUGGCAUACGACUCAGUGGCAGAAACUAUGCCAGAUGAGUACACCACGUUCAACCAUGUCUACAAGGAGCGCUGGCAAGACAUCCUUCGAUUUCGAUCUCGGUCCCUAUUCACUACUUGUGAAGUACGCUGCUCCUUCAAAACACAGUUGCAGGAUAGGAAACUCAGUUUCGAACAAAAACUGGGAUGUUUGCAGGGCUACAGGGCCCAUCUACACGACCAGUAUUGCGAUCGUACAUCAAUUUGGACACUGCAGUUUGAGGGUGCAGAUCCCCAAUCUGGAAUACUAAUGAUUUGCACAGAUGGCCUUGAUCAAGCCAAAUUUGCCCUUCCAAGGGACCCACAGCUUCGCGCCAAUGCUGGGUUGGCGAAACACCAAAGACCUCGCGUGAAGAUCCACGGAGUCUGGUGUUAUGGCUACACCCUCAAUAUAUCAGUCAUGGACGAGUGUAGUCGACAUGACAGCAGCGCAAUCCUAGAAAUGAUUUCGAGGGCAGUCGAGGACGCAACUUGGGUUUCCUUUUGUACAGGUUUCCUUCAGUUUAUUUAUGUAGUCAAAGCUGACAACACAGUCAGAGAGGCUAAAAAUCAACACGUCCUUACAUACUUGCACCUGGCAGUGGGGAAGCAUUUGUUUCGGAGUGCGUGUUUGUGCCACCUGCGAAAAUCGCAUACCCAUUGCAGGGUGGGACAUUCGGCUGUGUUUGGUGUAACAUUGUCUUGUUGA